AUGCCUCCUGCGCGAAGACUUGUACGAAGGCGGCCGCUGGCUGAGCGGAUCAAGGCGAUGCUGAAUCCUAUGGACUUUUUGCUGUGGCUGUCUGAGGAGAUUGAGACGCGGGAGUGGGAUUCCAAGGCUACGGGAACGCGGGCUGGUAUUUUUAUGAGCUUCGCCUUCCUGCUGGCUCGUGCAAACACGGGGAGUGGAAGCCAGGAUGUGGAUGAUGUGUUUGGUGACGAUACCAGCAUCGGAUGGAUACCGUAUAUCGCAUAUCCUACAGUCUGGAUACUCCUCGUUGCCUCACUGGCCAACGCUUACUACACAAUCACACGGGUACGCAACUAUAGACUCUUCGAGGUCAACAUUGAGAAGGCUCCGCAGACACCAUCAGCUAGGAGGGUAAAGGUGCAGUCUGAGUCCGCCUCGUCCUCACCCCUACGAUUUCUGACCGACGUCAUCGCAAACGAAACUGCGGAGUCACGCGCGCAUGCGGACAAGUCCAACGAUGUGUGGGAGAUAUCCGUGUGGGACCCUCUUCCCCUCUGUAUGCAAAUCUUCUGCCUGUUCAGCCCUGGCCAUGUACUCGUGUACCUGCUUUUCGUUCCCAUUGCGCCCCUGGAUCCGCGACCCAGCGUAACAGUCUUCAACUGCAUCCUCCUACAGGUCAUACUUUCGGGACAGCUCCUGUUCAUGCAGUCCCGCUUCACGCAACAAGGCAAGGACAUGUCCAUCAUCCACCGGGAGGUGCUGCACGAGUAUGACACCAAGUUCGUGCAUCCUCGUCUUCACCCCGUGGUGCGGGAUGUGUCUACUCAGGUUGAUACGGUGACCGAGCCAAGUAAGACGGACCCCAACUUGUUUUCGCAGAGCGUCUCGCUCUUCUCGGAGGCCGGAACACCGACGACCGUGAUCAAGAGGGAAUUCCAGACCCACCCGAACCCAAAUUACACAAAGCAUAUUAACCCGGAUAGCAACGCGUAUCCCAACGUGCUCAGCCCACGGCUCUUCUCCCCCGCCGCAACACCUCUAUUGAAUAAGACCGAGGCUUACAAAUCAGCACAACGUGACAUCCGGUCACCCGCGCAUCGUCAAAGCCUCCCAGCGGCGAUGAUGACGCCGAGAGUCGCGAGCCCAGCGCCGCCGACAACUGUUGGAUCUACGGUCGGCGGGAGCAGCGUUAUGGGAACCCCUGUGGGGGUCUCUACGGGAACAUCUACGGGAACGAACUUUGGGGGGAACUUGGGAGUCUACUCGCACGCGAAGUCGCCCCUCAAGAAGGCCAUUAGUAUGGGUGACAUGAAGGCAUCCUCGCCGCGGAACUCUCGGGAGAUGGCUGCGCUAGAACAGCGUGGGUGGAACCGAGACUCGAGCCCGCUGCAGGGAGGAGGCGAAAGGGGAUUCGCGGGUUCGAGUCUCGCGACGGGCGGUGGAAGCAACGGAAGCACUAGUGGCAAUGCGCCGCGAUCCUCGUUCGCCAAUGCGAGGCUGGGAAGGGGAUACACUACUGACAGAUACCCAUCACGAUGGGCGUGA